AUGCUUACGCGCCAGGACAUUCAAUACGACCUCUUAGAAUAUAUUUUCACAGAUCAAACAAAAGCGUUCACUGACCAGAGGCCUGGAAACGCGUCGAAAAAAAUAUGCUUCAAAGAUCUCUACAUUGGUGCCCUAUUCCAGUCGAGUAAAUGCUCGAAAGUUCUUAAGGAUAAGAUGAAAGAGACUCCCGCAUUUGCGGCAGAGCUAGGCAAGAUAUCCUUACUCGCAAACGUCGGUCGAAUAAACACAACAAUGGCCUUUUUUCCCGAGAUGCGUACGGCCCUGCGUACUUAUCACCCAGUACCUUCAUUACAAAAAACAGAUGGCAACCUACAGGAUGCACCACGAAUAAAAAAUUGCUUGAAGGCAGCAUUGUUGCCCUCAGAGCGAGACUUGCCACCUACAUCUCUGGCCGCGGUGCUAGAGAAACUCAGGACAGGCGUAAAGCCGCCCACUAGCAUUGUUAAUUUAAUCUUCAUUAUGGCCAAUCAAACGACGCUCCUAGCACGGACACAUUUCGAUCCACCGUUGGAUUUUCUAGAUUUGUUCAUGCCUGGUAACAACAUCCCCUCCUCCAGCCGUGCGCGAGCCUUUCUAUGGCUUGUAUAUCACUAUCUGGAGGAUCCGACAUCUUCGCCAAGCGGCGGGCCAAGUACGAAUCCCUUCGCGGACGAAUACUCGGAGAAAAAUCCAGGCAAGGUACCGUUGUUGCCACGCCUGUCGCCGGAGGAGAUGCGAGGCGAGAAUAUUGAUCCACCAGAGGAGAUCGAAUGGGGUAAUAAGAUGUGUGCUCUCAGGACAUCGUUCUUGCAAAGGCUGGUCAGGACGAGUGAGAUUGAGAGGCGGAACAGGAGCGAGUUCACGUCUUCGCAAGUUUUGGAAUUGGCACCUCCCAACACAAGACGCCCACGGGCACCGCGUCAGAUCUACACAAGCGUAGACACGGAGAGCGGCUUCAGGCACUAUGCCCCUCAACCGUCUCCUGAGCAAGAAUCAAGCAGGAGUGUCAGACGACAUUCGCCCUAUCCUCGGCCGCCUUCCGAAAACGUCCCAAAGCAUCCGCAACCACGUCAAAGGACAAUGUUCGAGCAUGCGUUUCACAUUGUCUCGACGUCGGACCCUCUAGCCGAUUCUGACGAGGAUGACGAUGAGAAUGUACACGUGGACUAUGAACGGCGCCUUCAUGUACUAAGGCGUCUACGCGGAAAAUCACCAACACCCCCUCGCUUCAGCCCAAGGCUCCAGCCGAUCGAAGGACCAGAACGACCGGAGUCUGGUCGCACCCGAUACCAUCCAUACCCCGGUCACCAAAGGAUAAGGAGACGACAAAGUGCCAACGGAUCAAUCGAACAUCACAAUGUACCAACGGACUAA